AUGAAGUUUGUCACCAAGGGACGCUCGCAUCUCGCGAGCCGCGCCAAGACGUUCACCAGCAACGUCUUCUCUUUUGCCAGGAACGCCUACGAGCGUUUGAAGGCCAAGCCGACGCCCUCGGGCCGCCGCAAGAAGGCCGCCCGAGCUUCUCUCCAAGCUCAGCAUUACGGCGUCGAAAUGGAUGUCGACGUCGACGACGAGUCCAUUUAUUCCUCCGAGAUGGACAUCGACACCGACACCAACACCGAAAUUUCCUCCGUUUUCUCGACACCGCCAUCCUCUUCUUCCACCAUCUACUCGACUCCCCAGAGCUCGAGCCCCUCCUUCUCCGUGGCUCAGAGUUUCGCUGACACCCCUUGCCCCGUCCGCAACGUUUUGGCCCCACUGCCUCAAGGCUUGGGUGAUGAGAUGGAAGGUGUCAUUAUCACUCCAUCCAAGCAAACGGCCACGAGCCAAGCUGCCGCCUCUCAGGCCCCCAAGAGGAACGGUGUUGUGUCAUUCAACAUGCAGCCUGCUGCAAUUCAGCCUGCCACUGCCGAGCCUGCCUCGUCUCAGAGCCCCAAGAGUACCGGUCUCUCGAUGUUCCACGUGAAGCCCGCUGCUGUACAGCAUACUACUGCGCAACUUCCUGCGUCCGAGGCCCCUAAGAAGAACGGGGUCCUGGCCUUCAGCAUGCAGCCCGCCACCCUGCCGCCUACGGCCGCUCAGCCUGCUCAGCAGCCUGCUCAGCAGCCUUCUCAGCAGUCCCCAACUCCUCAUGCUCCCACGACUCAGCCUCCCAAGAGGAACGGUGUUGUGUCUUUCCAUAUGCAGCCAGCUGCCCAGCCCACCUCUACUCAGACUGCUACGACUCAGCCUCCCAAGCAAAAUGGUGUUGUGUCAUUCACUAUGCAGCCCGCGCUUGCCCAGUCUACACCUCCUCAGCAGCAUCAAGCUCAGCCUGCACUCGCUCAAGUGCCUGAUGUCCAGACCACGUGGACCCAGAGCGCCACUCAACAGCUCCCUACAGCUCAGGGCCACGCGGGUCAAGCGACGGCACCUCAUCCGCCAGCUGUUCCUGUCGUCAAAGACACUCCAGCUUCCGCCGAUACUUGGCUGACCAAUGAUCCCGCGGAAGUCUUCAAGGAAACGUGGGCGAGCAUGGCUUCGAAGAUGCUAGAUCUCCGAGCGUUCGAAUUUGCCUCUCGUCGAUUCAAGGCGCUAGACACAGCGAACGCCUCAGACGUCGCUCAGCUUUCUUCAAGCAACGAGGAACAGCAAGUCCCCAACGCUCAAUCGACUUCGUCUAUUCCACCUCUGGAUUCUCAACCCGCAGGUUCUGAUGCCCCAGCCGCCGCGGACCUCGUCCAAGGAUUUACUUACGAUGAUUACAUGCAGAUUGUAUUGGACAAGUUGGCUUCUUUCCAUAUUUCAGAGCCGAAAACUUGCAACGGGUCAAAUCCAAGUCUUUUCGGCCCUUUCAUGGACAGGGACAAGGAGGACAAUUUCGAAGCACAGCUUACCGUGGCUGCGAACACGCAGCUGCCAGGUGGUGACCAUGAUGGCGAUCUGGUUGAGAUCAAGCCCAUCCAGGUAACCCAGAAGGCAGCCGGUAAACUUCCCACCACUGAGCUCAAUACUGCUGCUUUUGUGGCUCCAGAGGCUGAUGCCCAGGACAAAGCCUUGCUGGCGCAGCUGGCCAUCGCGGCUAAUACACAACUGCCAGGCGGCGAUAGCGAUGACGAUCUGAACGAAAUCAGGGCAGACCAGGGUGCCCAGAACACUGCUGUCACACAAAGUGUCGAUAGGUUUGGCCCUGCCGAGGUCAACAAUGUUGCUUCUGUCGUACCAGACUCUGCUGACCAAGAGCAGCGCGCUGGGGUGGUGGCUUCCCAGGAGAAGUCUGCUGAGACUCAAUCCGUCAAUCAGACUGAUGUCUCAGUCCCCAGCACGCAACCAAUUGCCAUGGUCACGAGUGGUUCCAUCCAGAGCCACGAUUCAAGCGAGGCCAUGGGAACGGAGGGGGCGCAGCCCUCAGAGAUGAGCAAGAGUGCCACUGGACAGGGCCAGUUCGACUUCCAGGUCCAAUCAUUCCAAUUCGGCCAUGCGGCGCCAUAUCUCUUUUCCCAGGUCAACAAUCCCCUUGUCAAUGCACCCAUUUUCGAACCCAGCACGGCGAAGGAGGCUCAGGCUCCCUCAGCCCACAAAACUCCGACCAUUGAGUUGUCGAAGGAGCAGGAGUACGAGGUUGGCAGCGAUCAAGAUCCGAAUGUCGACCUGGAAUACGACUUCAAGAGAGCUUUCAGACCCCGCAAGUUUACCGCGCUUGUUGGUGCGUCUCCUGGUCCAGCUGCUCCGGCCGAUGCCACUGCAGCCACUGAUGCUCCACAGGAGCAAAAGGACAAGGGUAGCAGUGACGAAGACUUGAAUGUCGAUCGGGACUAUGACUUGAAGAAAGCUUUCAGACCACACAAAUUCUUCGCUCGUGUUGCUGCGUCCCCUGGUCCGGCCCGUUUGCUGGCCCCACCGGUCACUGGUGGCUUCGAUAUUUCUGCUUCCACUUCUCAAACUGAGUUUGUCGGCCAAAAGAGAAAGAGAGACGAAGAAAGCGACUUCGAACACGAUGCAGACGACGCCCACAACAACAAGACAAAGCUUUACGGGACGCGGCCCGAGCGCAUGCAGCAGCGAGGGUUUAAGUGUGUGACGAUGAAGCAACUCAAAUUGGAGGGCCGCACCUACAACGAAGAGUACGGUCUGGAGAUGAUGAACGAGAUUUUCUACCACACAUUCCCGCGCCUCGUGUCCCAAUUGCAGUUUCCCGAGGGAGAGUGGACGAAGGCCGAACAAGAAGACGAAGCAGAAGUCUUUGUUGAGUCAAUGCUUGAGGAGGAGCUCAAUGAGAGGAGCUUCCAAGCGGUCCAGGAAGCGUUCAUGCCAGAAUUCGGAACCAACUUUCCGAAGAGCCGCAACACCCUCUUUGAUGUCUUCUCCGAGUGGUAUGUGAAGUUCAUGCAUUACGAAUUGGCCUUCCUCUGUCCCAACAUGAACCGAAAAGAGAUCAUGAACAUAGGCGAUGCCCUCGAGGACGCCUUCUGGAAAUACAUGGACGAGCAUCCUCCCAAGGAUGAUGCUUAG